GUCUCCGAUGUCCUGUCUCUUAUAGGGUCCUGGGGUCUCAGAUGUCCUGUCUCUUAUAGGGUCCUGGGGUCUCCGAUGUCCUGUCUCUUAAAGGGUCCUGGGGUCUCAGAUGUCCUUCUGUCUCUUAUAGGGUCCUGGGGUCUCAGAUCUCCUCCUGUCUCUUAUAGGGUCCUGGGGUCUCCGAUGUCCUGUCUCUUAUAGGGUCCUGGGGUCUCAGAUGUCCUCCUGUCUCUUAUAGGGUCCUGGGGUUUCCGAUGUCCUCCUGUCUCUUAUAGGGUCUUGGGGGUCUCUGAAGUCCUCCGGCCUUUUAUAGGGUCUUGGGGGUCUCCGAUGUCCUCUGCCUCUUAUAAGGUCUUGGGGGUCUCAGAUGUCCUCCUGCCCCUCUUUAUAGGGUCUUGGGGGUCUCAGAUGUCCUCCUGCCCCUCUUUAUAGGGUCUUGAGGGUCUCAGAUGUCCUCCUGCCCCUCUUUAUAGGGUCUUGGGGGUCUCAGAUGUCCUCCUGCCCCUCUUUAUAGGGUCUUGGGGGUCUCAAAUGUUCUCCUGUCCCUCUUUAUAGGGUCUUGGGGGUCUCAGAUGUUCUCCUGCCCCUCUUUAUAGGGUCUUGGGGGUCUCAGAUGUUCUCCUGCCCCUCUUUAUAGGGUCUUGGGGGUCUCAGAUGUCCUCCUGCCCCUCUUUAUAGGGUCUUGAGGGUCUCAGAUGUCCUCCUGCCUCUCUUUAUAGGGUCUUGGGGGUCUCCGAUGUCCUCUGCCUCUUAUAAGGUCUUGGGGGUCUCAGAUGUCCUCCUGCCCCUCUUUAUAGGGUCUUGGGGGUCUCAGAUGUCCUCCUGCCUCUCUUUAUAGGGUCUUGGGGGUCUCCGAUAUCCUCUGCCUCUUAUAAGGUCUUGGGGGUCUCAGAUGUCCUCCUGCCCCUCUUUAUAGGGUCUUGGGGGUCUCAGAUGUCCUCCUGCCCCUCUUUAUAGGGUCUUGGUGGUCUCAGAUGCCUCCUCUGAAGCAGUUUCCCCCCUCAUUUGUCCUAUGUAGAAUCAGAACCAUCUUUUUUCCAUCUUUGUGUCGACACUUUUGAUAAUUGAUAUUUUUUAUUUGAUACUUUUUAGGGUUCCCCACGGGAUUGGGGUCUUGUAGGAAGCGAUCACCUUUUACAUUCCCCUCAUUGAUUGAGGUCAUAUUUGUAACCAAUGCCCCCCUCCCCUUAGGCUGAUUCCCUCUUUGUAUAUACAUUGGGGGUCUUACGAUAAGCGGGGGUCCUCCCUAUACAGUGAGCACAAUCUGGUGGUCUCAGGGCACUCCUCUGGCCUCAGACCUCCCGGGUCUGACACUUUUCCCGCUUAUAUUUUGGAGAGGAAAGCCUGCACAUGUUCUUGAGAGCCGUCCUGCUUUUAUGGUGCUGUGGAUUAUUGGGUCCAAGACAGAUGUUGCGCCAUCAGGGUCUCCUCAAGUGCCGAUGCCGGAUGCUUUUCAAUGACUUGAAGGUCUUGUUGCUCCGGCGCCCUCCACAGACGCCUUGUUUGCCCAUGAACAGCUCAGAAUGUGAGGGGGGCGCCGGAGGCAGCUUGGUGGCCAACAAUAAUACGUUGACAUCAUUGGGGCGAGCAUGGAGGGUCCCGGCGGGUGGGACGUCCACCCCAGAAGAAGAUUGGCGCUAUCCUGCUACGACCCAUGGACUCCAGCACCAGCCCACGUCCAUGGUCAGCAGCGCCUCCUCCGAAGACUUCUGCAAAGCAAAAGCUGAGGAUAGGUUCUCCCUGGGCAGCAUGGACAGUGGGAUGAGGACCCCCCUCUGCAGGAUCUGCUUUCAGGGUCCUGAACAGGGGGAGCUGCUGAGUCCGUGUCGCUGUGAUGGGUCGGUGCGCUGUACACACCAGCCAUGUCUGAUCAAGUGGAUCAGUGAGCGGGGGUCCUGGAGCUGUGAGCUGUGUUAUUACAAGUACCACGUCAUCGCCAUAAGUACCAAGAACCCUCUUCAGUGGCAGACCAUCUCCCUGACCGUCAUUGAGAAGGUGCAGAUCGCGGCCGCCAUCUUGGGCUCCCUCUUCCUCAUCGCCAGCAUCUCCUGGCUCAUCUGGUCAACGUUCAGCCCGUCAGCAAAAUGGCAGCGUCAGGACCUGCUCUUCCAGAUCUGCUACGGGAUGUAUGGCUUCAUGGACAUCGUGUGUAUAGGACUUAUCAUCCAUGAGGGACCUUCUGUUUAUCGGAUAUUUAAGCGGUGGCAGGCCGUGAACCAACAAUGGAAAGUUCUCAACUAUGACAAGUCUAAAGAUUUGGAGGAUCAGAAAUUAGGAAGUAGCCAACGUACAAACCAAUGCACUUCAACCCAGACUAAUAACUCCACCACGGCGGGGACAGCUAAUAGUUCCACGCUGGAGGACAGUGGAGGCCAUGGCGGUACGAUGUCUGACCAUCACUGUGCUUACACCUUCUUACACAUCCUCAGCCAUCUCAGACCACACGAACAGAGGAGUCCGUCUGGGACUAACAGAGAGUUUGUCAUGAGGGUGACCACCGUCUGAGGUGACCUAAAGGCCUUAUCUGGGAGACGUGUGCCUUGUCUGAAAACCAACGCCUCAAGCUAAACCCUCCGGGGGGCAGGAGGUGUUACAGAGGUCACGGGCUGAUGUGCCGGUCCGGUCCAUGAUGGUUUAUCCUAAAGUGCAAUAUGGACUGGAUCCUGAAUAAAGACGUAGUAUCAUGAAUAUUGCACCAAUCUGGAGGAUCUCACAGUCACCAAGUCCACAUGGGGAGCCGAGGGACCACGUAUGGCGUCCACCAUCGCUCUCUGUCCGCCGGCUGAGGAUCUCCACUCGGUUCUCGGCAAAAAUACAGCAUAAGCACAAAAGUGUUUUCUUUUACUUGUUUUUUGAUAAAAAUAGACUCCACGCUCCGGUUUGUAUUGUGGAGAUUCUGUCUAUUCUGAUUUAGGUUUUCGCCCCUUGAGGUUCCUAUCGAGUGCAGCUCAGAGUCAAUGUACAGCAGGUAAAGCCGGGACAAUCCUGUCUUAGUAUCUUUCCUGGUCAGGCCGGGUUCUUCCCUCUUAUUUAUAAUGGCUUCAGGUCUCCUCCAGAUCAGGAGGAUUGUGGGUCAUCGUAUUUCUCUUCUCCUCACGUCUCGGUAUUCAUUCCCGGUGCUGGGUCCUUACCAUGAGAGAAUUCAUUUUUAUUCGCAUUUUAUUACCGUAGGACAGUAUUUCCCAACCAGGGUGCCUCCAGCUGUUGCAAAACUGCAUCUCCCAGCAUGCCUGGACAGCCAAAGGCUGUCCAGGCAUGCUGGGAGAUGUAGUUUUGCAACAGCUGGAGGCACCCUGGUUGGGAAACCCUGCCUUUCAGAUGUCUUUACAUAUUUCCUCACAUAUUCUCCUUCUCAGAGUCAGGCUGCAGCAGGUAAAGCCCAAACAAUUUUGCACAUUCACAUUUUCUUUAGGAAAACAUUAUUAUUAUUAUAAAAAAAAAAUUGUUGUUAUUAUUAAUAAUAACAAUAAUAAUAGCAAUAAUAACAACAAUAAUAAUAAUAAUUAGAGAUGAGCGAAUUUACA